UGGCGUAGCAGUCACUUAACGCCAGCGCCUUCCCCCGGCCCCAGCAAUCCUCGGCUCGAGCUCGACGCGCCCUAGGAGGAGCCUAGAUGUCCGCUUCCCCAGUAGAAGGGGAUUGUGCUGCGUAAACAGGAUUAACUCCCUCGUCCCCAGAGGCGCCGAUCAGCGCUGCGGCCUGCGGGCCAGCGCGAACCCUCGGGUGCUCUGACCGGGCAGCGGGGGAUGGGGACUCUCGCGGCUCGGGAGCCAUCUCCGGGGAUCGCUCUCUGGCCGUGUAGGGCUGGGGGCCGCAGCCUCCGGAGGUGCUGCUCAAAGACCAGGGCGGACGGCGGCGACGGUGCGGGCUCCUAGCGGCAGCCUCCCCUCCACCACCUCCCUCUCCCUCCCCGCGCUUCCUCUCCGCCCACCGCGCUCCAGCCGCACGGUCGCAGCGCGCGCUGUCCUCCGCCCCCCGGAGCCGCCGCGCCAGCCCCUCGUCCAGCCAUGGGGGACCUGCCGGGCAUCGUGCGCCUCUCCAUCGCGCUGCGCAUCCAGCCCAACGACGGCCCAGUCUUCUUCAAGGUGGACGGGCAGCGCUUCGGUCAGAACCGCACCAUCAAACUGCUCACCGGCUCCUCCUACAAGGUGGAGGUGAAGAUUAAGCCCACCACGCUGCAGGUCGAGAACAUUUCCAUCGGUGGUGUGCUUGUCCCGCUGGAGCUGAAGUCUAAAGAGCCCGAGGGGGACCGAGUUGUUUAUACUGGCACGUAUGACACGGAAGGUGUGGCUCCAACCAAGAGUGGAGAACGGCAGCCCAUCCAGAUCACCAUGCCGUUCACGGACAUCGGGACCUUCGAGACAGUGUGGCAGGUCAAGUUCUACAAUUACCACAAGCGAGACCACUGCCAGUGGGGAAGCCCCUUCUCUGUCAUUGAGUACGAAUGCAAGCCCAAUGAGACACGCAGUCUCAUGUGGGUGAACAAGGAGUCCUUCCUCUGAAGAGGGCGCUUCCUGCUGUUGCUGGACAAUCUCGUCUGAAAUCUAUCCUCAGAUCAACCAGCACAAGCCUUAAGCAAGGCACCCCACACCUUGGCAGCGUCCCAUCUGGCACAGAUGACCCACUAGCCCCGAUGAUUGCGAAAGUGUAACUCCCCUCUGUUACAGUAUUCCUGAUGUAAAAGAUCGUGAUGUUCCACCCCUGAGAAUGCUCCUGUCCGUGUUUUGUGCCAGUGUUCCUGCAUCCAUUCGUUCUUGGUCAUGCUGUUGGUGGCUCUGGACUGGAGCUCAGCAGAACUGGAAGGCUUGUGCAGGACUUGAGGAGCCCACUGGAUGACUGUGGUGUUGUUCAGGUUGAGUGAUUCCUCUUUUUUUGUUCAAUAUGAAAUUAAAAAAAAAAAAAAGCAAUGUGUGGGUCUUCCCCUGCCCCUGUCUAAUGUAACAUGUAGCCUGCAAUGUGUGCCAGCUUCCAAAGCAGGCUUUGGGACAAGGUAAUGGUUUGCAGCAAAUGGGACUCAAAGGUAGUGUGCCCCAUAAGCAGCUCAGCUUCUGCAGGGAAGGAAAAUAAAAAAAGAAAGGGCAAAUACUUAAUACUCUUUCAAGGAACAUAAGAUAUUGGGCUCUGGCACAGUGGAAAUGGGGAGAAAGCAUCAUGUGGACCAUUGGUAAGCAAAGUGACAGGGAUUUUAGGGUCACCUCUUGGCAAGCUACCAUAGUGUUCGAACAUGCAUAUUGAUGAUAUCCCUAUAUUUCCCUUCACUUGAAAUUUGUAAAACUGUGUAUGGAACUGCAACCAACUUUUGAUAUUUCUUAAUAAAGGUAUUGAAA